AUGUUUUCUGUGCUGACCGUAUUCAUCGCCUUUGGGGCCGUCACCGGCAUGUCCGAAGGCAUCCAGGCAUCGCAGCGACGGGCACGCCGCGAGGAGCACCGCAGCCGCAAGAACAACCUGAUUGUGCACUGUCCCAAGUCGUCGGCCUUUGCGUCGCAGCUGGAGGGCCGCAGCGUCGUCCUCUCGGGUGGACGGCUGUUUGUCGACACCAGCGACAGCCCGGACCCGGACGCGCCCUUUGGCCACCCGUUUGCCGGCUACUUUCUGCCGUAUCCGGAGGCGCGUUAUGCCGGGCUCGUGUCGACGAUCACGGACGAAGCGCCCAUCAUGAACUGGGUAUUUGCAGAGCGCGAGUCGUAUGCGCUCUGCUAUGGCGGGCGGGCGGCGUCCGAGGGCAACUUGACGGGCCCGUGGGACUGCACCCGACAGGACCGGCGGCUGACCUUUGGCGGCUGGGAGGGCUUCAUGGCGGUGCGGAUUCCGCCGGCAGAAGACGGCAGCGGUGGCGGGUUCUGGGCGCUGUAUUUUGACCGGGAUGGCGAUCGGAUGAAGAGCAAGCUGGCCGACUGGCCAUCGGGGACGCUGGCCGUGGAAGUGACGCUGGCACGACGCGAAUUGCGGACACAGCGGCCGCAGCUGACGGCCGAGCAGCUGGCCGAGCUGCAGAAGCGGAUGGAGGCAGCCGAGGCAGCCAAAGCAGCCGAGAGGAUUGCAGGGGGAUUGGAGGAAAAGGCACAGCAGGAACAGAUGAGGCUGGAGGGAGAGAGGGAGGAAAGGGAGAGGAGAGAACAGGAGCAGAGAGAGCGAGAGUUUGAGCAGGAGAAGAGGGAACAGGAGAGGAGGGAGCAGGAGAGAGAGAAUGAGAAAACAGAAGAAAAGAGGGAAGAAGCGAAGAAGGACGAUGUCAAAAAAGAGGACAGAAGCAGUCGAGUCGGAGCGGAUGGCGAGACAGACGAUGACGACUUCUCCUCGUCGGUGUGCAGCGGGCAUUCCAGCUGGCGGGCCAGCAGCAGUGCCAUGUCGGCACUCGACUCGGAAUCGGAGGCGUAG